CCGCGUUCAAAUAAAGGUGUUUUUUUUAGAAGGAAUCAAGGAAUGCGCGUCGCAGCGACAUCUACAAAUGGCAGCCAAGACCCAAGACACCAGAAGUUCACGCACACACAUACACAACGCAACAAUGGCGACUUGAAGUGCUGGCGUGCAUUCUCACGAGAAACCUUUUCACUAAAUACCGAUUCCGUGUUGAUUAUCUCGAUGAGACGAAGUGAACGUGGAGUAUUUUAUGGUUCGAACAAAUAUGUGAUUGCAUAAAUGCCACAUUGGACGGUGGUGUUUGAGUAUAUUUUAUAAGGCUGGUGGGAUAGCACGAUACAAUUCACUUUGUGGUUCCUUCCCCAAAAAAUAGACAAAUGAUGUACACUGACGUUACAUGCUGAUUAUAAUGUUAUACAAAACUGAAAGCACAGACCAAUAUAAAAAGGUAUAGUGCAGAGCAUAAGGCAUGGUAAAAUAAGGGAAGCGAACGAAGGAGAUGAGCCAUAAUAUCACAGACAUGCCACCCUACGCAAGGAUGCCACUGGGGGGGAUGGGAAUGGGGGUUGGGCUCGGGAACAACGCCCCCCAUCCUGAACCCCCUCCCCAUCCCCAUCCACCACCCCCUCCGCCGUCUGGAGGAAACCCCAAGAAGAAGCGGCGGACCAAUUCCAACGUCUCUCAACCUCCGCCACAGCCACCUCCCAGCGUACAGGAUCUCUUACCACCACCUUUAACUGGAUAUGGUGAUACAAUAGUCGCAAGCAAUCCAUUUGACGAUACACCACCACAGAGCACACCCAAUGCGAUGAUGCAUGGGGGUCCACCUCACAUGCAUCCUCAUCAUCCGCAUCACAUGGGUGGGCCACCGAUGAGAGGGAUGAGUCCUUUAGCUUCAAUGGGUGGUAUGAGCCCCAUGAUGCAACACAACAUGGGCGGAAUGAGCCCGAUGGGCAAUUCCCCGAUGGGUAAUCACAUGAACCACAUGGGUGGAAUGUCGCCGAUGAACCAUGCUCCGAUGGGGGGUAUGAGUCCCAUGAAUAACAUGGGACCAGGCCCAAUGAACAGCAUGAACAAUCACAUGAACAUUGCUCACAUGGGAAAUUCCCAACUUAGCGGUCCGCCAAUGGGGAGUCCUAUGAACAGUAUGAACAGCGGCCCGAUGGGAAGUCCAAUGAACAAUAUGGGGCACAGUAUGGGUAGCCCUAUGGGCGGCCCUCUUGGAUCUCCAAUGAACAACAUGGGAGGGCCCAACCACAUGUCAAACGGGCCGAUGAAUAUGAAUAAUAUGAACAGUCACUUGCCGCCUAAUAGCCCGUUGAACAGACCUCCUAUGAAUAAUGUUAACAGUCCCCUGGGACAUAACGGACCUCAGUCACAUCCACAGCACAUGGGUGCAAAUCCCAAUAACUUGGGAAGGCCGAUGAACGGACCCAUCAAUACAAUGGGAUCAAUAGGCCCUAACAACAUGAAUAUGGGAGGUCCUAAUCAAAUGAAUAACAUGAACAUGGGAGCGCCGCAGAUGAACAACAUGUCAAAUAUGAAUAUGAGUCAUCAUAACCAAAUGGGGCACAUGGGUGGACCAAUGGGACCUAUGGGAGGAAAUAUGGGCGGUGGGCCACCCAUGGGGCAUCCCAUGAGUAUGGCGGGGCCUAUGCCUCCUCAUGGAUUCCAAGGACCUCCAGGAAUGGGCACAAAACCUAUGCCUGUUUCUGCGGGAAAGAUUUACCCAGCCGACCAACCAAUGGUGUUCAAUCCGCAAAAUCCAAAUGCACCUCCUAUAUACCCGUGCGGAGUUUGCCAUAAAGAAGUACACGACAACGAUCAAGCUAUCCCUUGUGAAUCUGGAUGUAAUUUCUGGUUCCAUAGAGGCUGCACGGGUCUCUCAGAAGCAGCAUAUCAGUUGCUAACAGCAGAAGUUUACGCAGAGUGGGUUUGCGACAAGUGCUUACACACGAAAAAUAUACCUCUCGUCAAAAUCAAGCCAUAACACCUCCUCCCCAAUUACAUACAGAACACUUUGUUAAUGUUUACACCCUGCCACCCUGUUUGUUAAUAACUUUCUAGUUUUAACUUGUUGAGAAAUUAGAUUAUCAUUGUGAAUCGAGUUCGUGAUAUACAUGAAAUAGUGGCGUGUUUAAAAGUUUCGAUACCACUGAGUAUUGAAUCGGCCGAAAAGUGAAAGAUAACUUGUUCAGAAAUUAGUUAAUUAAAAUAUAAAGAUAUAAUGUAUGUCGUCAGUGAACGAGUCUACAUUCGACUGCAUAAAAACUACCCCUGAAGAGUCAGUUUAUCUUUGAAAGUUUAAUCAGUGGAAAGUGAAAAGAAGUGUUAAAAAUGGAAAUAAAAAUGAAAAAUAUAAAAAUUAGUCUAUAAUUUGUGAAAAGUGAACAAUAGCGCGCGUGACACGUGAUAUUUUUUAUUUUACCUUUUUUUCUGCCAGCCUUUACUCCAAAAGGCGAAGGAAAAAAAAAUGUUUUUGUUUUAAUACGGCAGAUGUACACUAAUUUGGGGACGAAAUCUUUGACCCUCUAGAAACCCGAUGGAACUUAUUGCUAGAUGCGUAAAAAAAAAAAAUUAGAGAAUAAGAGAAUAAAAUAAAAAAAAAAGAAACAAAAGGAAAAAAAA